AGCUCGGUGGCGAAUUGGGCAAUUGGCUAUCGAACGAAUGAAACACGUAGUACACGUUAAGGAACAUAACCCAGCAGCGCACACUAGCACAUUCGAGAUGCUUUCCUGUUCACCGUCUGUCUCUUCAAUUCGUCUCUUUCUCUCUCUCCUCUUCCUUUACUUCUUCUACUCUUGCUCAUCAUGCGCAGACGCACAGCGCCAUGCGGUUUCACAUGUUCUUUUUCCUGAAAGCUCUCCUUUUUCUUUCCUAAACAAGUUCAAGAAUAUCACAUUCUAUGUUCCGUCGGCAAUUAAGGUUUUGGUUUUUAGGGUUGCUUUUGCAGAGGCCGCAACCCUAAUUGAUGGAGCACAAGCGACACUCGAAGAAGGAAUUUGUCGUACUCUAAUCUGUUUAACCUCGAGGUAGAGGAACCAUGAGGGACCAUAUGAAUGGGAGUUUGUUAAAGAGAUCCUCUGAGUUGGGACGAAGGAAGAAGAACAGGCGGGCAAUUGAGGCUGAGGCUGGUUCAAAUUCUUCAAGUAGGAGAGGCGCUGACCGCAGUGACGAUGAGGAGGAAGACAGGGAGUACGGGAGACACAUUUCAGAGGAGUGGUACCGAUCAAUGCUUGGGGAACACAUUCAAAAGUACAGGAGGGGUAGGUUCAAAGACUCCUCUCGUCCAGCAUCCAUCCAAAUGGGAAUGCCAGUUCUGAAGCGUAAUCUUGGUUUCAAGGGUCAGAAGUUGGGUGCUGAGGAUAGAGUGCCGCAUGGGAUGGAAACCCCAUCAGAUUAUCUUAAUGACAUUAAUCCUCGUAAGACUGGAAGUUACUAUGAACUCACAUCAGAAUAUGGGACUGAUAGGUUUUCUUCAUCUGCUGAUUCUGCUUAUUUGGAUCUUGGGGAAGGGAUCGCUUAUAGGAUUCCUCCAACUUAUGAUAUACUGGCAGCUUCCUUGAACUUGCCAAGCUUUUCAGACAUUCAGGUGGAGGAGUAUUACUUAAAGGGUACACUGGAUUUGGGCUCCUUAGCUGUAAUAGUAGCCUCUGAUGGAAGAUUUGGGCCUCAAAGGCGGGCAGGAAUUGGUGAGCUGCAGCCCCAGUAUGAAUCACUUCAGGCAAGAUUAAAAGCCUUACCUGCUUCUAAUUCUGUCCAAAAGUUCAAUCUUCAAGUAUCUAAUAUUGGGUUGGAUUCAUCUUCCAUCCCAGAGGGGGCAGUUGGAGGAAUACAACGGUCAAUUAUGUCUGAGGCAGGUACCUUGCAGGUUUACUAUGUGAAGGUUUUGGAGAAAGGAGACACAUAUGAGAUCAUUGAACGCAGCCUACCAAAGAAGCAAACAAUGAAGAAAGAUCCAACCAUGAUUGUGAAAGAAGAGUUCGAGAAGAUUGGGAAGGUUUGGGUAAACAUUGUGAGAAGAGACAUACCAAAAUAUCACAAAAUUUUCUCAAAUUUCCACAGGAAGCAGCUAGCUGAUGCCAAGAGGUGUUCUGAAACCUGUCAAAGAGAGGUGAAAUUGAAGGUGAGUAGGUCAUUUAAACUGAUGAGGGGAGCAACAAACCGAACUAGAAAACUGGCUAGAGAUAUGAUGGUGUUCUGGAAAAGAGUGGAUAAGGAGCAGGCAGAACUGAGGAAGAAGGAGGAAAGAGAAGCUGCAGAAGCUUUGAAACGUGAAGAGGAGCUCCGUGAAGCAAAGAGACAACAGCAGAGAUUCAAUUUCUUAUUGUCACAAACAGAGCUGUAUAGUCAUUUCAUGCAAAAUAAGUCAAUUUCACACCCAUCAGAAGCUUUACCCAUGGGUGAUGGAGAAUUGAAUGACCAAGAAGCAGCUUUGGGCUCUGCAGAAAUUAAACUUGGAGAGGAAGAAGAUCCUGAGGAGGCUGAAUUAAAAAAGGAGGCACUUAGAGCCGCUCAACAAGCAGUCUUCCAGCAGAGAAAAAUAACAAGUGCAUUUGACAGUGAAUGUCUAAAGCUGCGCCAAGCAGCUGAUAUUGAAGGCCCUCCAAAGGAUACCUCAAUUUCAGGAUCUAGCAAUAUAGAUCUCCUUCAUCCCUCAACUAUGCCUGUUAUGUCAUUGGUGCAAACACCAGAAAUGUUUAAAGGUUGCCUUAAAGAAUAUCAGCUAAAGGGCCUGCAGUGGCUUGUUAAUUGUUAUGAGCAGGGUUUGAAUGGUAUACUUGCUGAUGAGAUGGGUUUGGGAAAGACCAUCCAAGCCAUGGCAUUCUUGGGUCAUUUAGCUGAGGAGAAAAACAUAUGGGGACCAUUUCUUGUUGUUGCACCUGCUUCUGUCUUGAACAAUUGGGCCGAUGAAAUUAGUCGUUUCUGUCCUGACUUGAAAGCACUUCCAUACUGGGGUGGAAUUAAUGAAAGGGUGAUUCUGAGGAAAAACAUCAACCCAAAGCAUCUGUAUAGAAGGGAGUCCACAUUCCACGUAUUGAUUACCAGCUACCAACUGCUGGUAUCCGACGAGAAGUAUUUCCGGCGUGUGAAAUGGCAAUAUAUGGUUUUAGACGAAGCCCAGGCUAUUAAAAGUUCAAACAGUAUAAGGUGGAAGACAUUGCUCAGUUUCAAUUGUAGAAAUCGCUUGCUUCUGACUGGUACACCCAUACAGAAUAACAUGGCGGAACUGUGGUCCCUUCUUCAUUUUAUAAUGCCUACCUUAUUUGACAGCCAUGAGCAGUUCAACGAGUGGUUUUCAAAAGGCAUUGAAAAUCAUGCAGAACAUGGAGGAACCUUGAACGAACACCAACUCAACAGACUGCAUGCAGUUCUUAAGCCCUUUAUGUUGCGGCGAGUAAAAAAAGAUGUGAUAACAGAGAUGACUGGAAAAACAGAGAUCACAGUGCAUUGUAAGUUGAGUUCUAGACAGCAAGCAUUUUAUCAAGCUAUAAAGAAUAAGAUAUCUCUUGCUGAGUUGUUUGACGGAAGCCGAGGGCAUCUCAAUGAAAAGAAAAUUCUCAAUCUGAUGAAUAUUGUUAUCCAGCUGAGGAAGGUGUGCAACCACCCAGAGUUGUUUGAAAGGAAUGAGGGGACCACAUACCUGUACUUUGGUAUGAUCCCAAAUUCUCUUCUGCCUCCUCCCUUUGGGGAAUUGGAGGACAUACAUUAUGCAGGGGGUUGGAAUCCAAUAACAUAUAAGGUUCCGAAGUUGGUUCACCAAGAAACAAUUGAAAGUUCUGAAAUGCCUUGUUCAAUCUUCGGUCAUGGUGUUCAACAAGAACUAUUUCAGAAGCUUUUCAAUAUAUUCUCUCCAGAGAAUGUUUAUCAGUCUGUGCUCCCACAAGAUAAAAUAUCAGAUGAGUCUUAUCCUCUUAAAAGCGGAACAUUUGGUUUUACGCACUUGAUGGGUUUGUCACCAGGGGAGGUUGUUUUUCUUGCAAAAGGUUCCUUCAUGGAAAGGCUGUUAUAUUCCAUUAUGGUUUGGAACAGACAGUUUUUAGAUGAAAUCUUGGAUUUCAUGGAAUCUGAGGCUGAUGAUUCUGAAUAUGGUCACCUUGAGAGGGGGACAGUGAGAGCUGUUACAAGGAUGUUACUGAUGCCAUCUAGAUGUAAGUCUAGUUUGCUUAGAAGGAAGAUUGCAACUGGUCCUGGCCAUGCCCCAUAUGAAGCCUUAAUUGUCUGUCAUCAGGACAGGCUUGUAUUCAAUACCGGGCUCCUUCAUUCAACAUAUGUUUUCAUCCCACGAGUCAGAGCUCCCCCUAUUAAUGUUCACUGCUCCAAUAGAAACUUUGCAUACAAAAUGGUAGAAGAACUACACCACCCAUGGGUUAAGAGGCUUUUCUUUGGUUUUGCACGUACAUCAGAGUGUAAUGGACCUAGAAUGCCCAAUGGUCCUCCUCAUCAUUUGAUACAAGUAAUUGAUUCUGAAGUACCUGUUGAACAACCUAUUCUUCAGCUCACAUACAAAAUAUUUGGAUCUUCUCCUCCUAUGCGAAGCUUUGACUCUGCAAAGAUGCUUACAGAUUCUGGGAAACUUCAAACACUGGAUAUUUUAUUGAAGCGCCUGCGAGCUGAGAAUCAUCGUGUGCUGUUGUUUGCACAAAUGACAAAGAUGUUGAAUAUUCUUGAGGAUUAUAUGAAUUAUAGGAAAUACCGGUAUCUUCGACUUGAUGGUUCUUCCACUAUCAUGGAUCGUCGAGACAUGGUCAGAGAUUUCCAACAUCGGAGUGACAUUUUUGUAUUCCUAUUAAGUACCAGAGCUGGUGGAUUGGGUAUUAACUUGACAGCUGCUGACACCGUAAUCUUCUAUGAAAGUGAUUGGAAUCCUACUCUGGAUCUACAAGCAAUGGAUAGAGCCCAUCGUCUAGGUCAAACCAAGGAGGUCACUGUGUAUAGGUUGAUUUGUAAGGAGACGGUUGAAGAGAAGAUUCUGCAAAGAGCAAGUCAGAAAAAUGCUGUGCAACAGUUGGUUAUGACUGGUGGCCAUGUUCAAGGUGACCUGUUGACACCUGAAGAUGUUGUUUCUUUACUUCUUGAUGAUGCUCAGUUGGAGCGAAAAUUGAGAGAGGCUCCAGCACAGGGUAAGGAUCUGCAGAAGAAAUGUGGAACUAAGGCCAUACAUCUAGAUGCAGAAGGGGAUGCAUCUUUGGAAGAUUUCACAAACAUUGGAUCACAGAGUGCUGGAUGUGGACCCACUUUGGAUCUAGAGGGUGUCAAGACUAGUAAUAAAAAGAGAAAAGACAGCUUGGACAAGCAUGCUCCCCCAAAAGCACGGAGGGCUCCCAAGAACAGUGAUUCUCAUACAGAGAUUAAUGAACCCAACUCAUUGGACUAUGAGUGGGAUGAUCCCGUCAGGGCCACAAGCUUGCAAAAUCAGAAUCUCAGAAGGCCAAAGAGACCCAAGAAAAGCGUAAAUGAUAACCUUGAACAUACAACAGCAACAACUGUAGCUCCUGAACCCACCGAGUACCCCACUUUAUAUGAUUAUAGUCCUGCUGGUUUUAUAGGAGAGGAUGAAGAAAUCUCACCUCCUAGCUAGUCUCCAACCUGAUAGAAGUUGGGAAGAGAAGGAAAAAUGAAACCCAAAAUUAUGGACAUAUAUUGUCCAGAUGUUGGGCUUCUCUGUUUGAAUUUACAGAGAUUGCAUUUGGCUGUGAUCAUCACAAGGAAACAAAGGCAAGCAAUCAGAGCGCACACCCUGUACAAUAAUUUGUGCAUAUUAUUUUGACCUCAUCAAGAUGCAAGAUUUUUCUGAUUAUACACGGUUUUGGUGCUCCCAUAAGCAUGUACAGGUGGGAUAUCAAUUCUUACCAACCUCCCCCCCCCCCNCCCCCCCCAUCAAGGCAAGCAAACCCAGAAGCAUGUACCGUGUAAAAUCGAUUUCUCAUUAUGAAAUAGCUGUAGCAAUGGCAAUCUGGAAAUUCAUGCAUUUAGCAAAUUCCAGCGCUAUUGGAGAACGUUCUAAUUGGUUAAUUGUAUUGCAAGGAGCUUGAUAUAUUAA